GACACCGUCCCGUCUCCCCUUUCUCUCUCUCUCUUUUUCCGUCCGUCUUCCCCUGCCAGUCCAGCCGUCGCCGAUGAUAUGAUUUCGCCUCCCUACCUCAGUGCCUCAGCUAAUGCCGCACUCCUUCUCCGUCCACUCAUCUCUCCGCUUCCUCAUUGCCUCAGUUUUCCGGUGCUCGUUUAAGCCUCCGUCACCAACUUCUCCGUCCGCCGGUGAGCAUUGCCGGCGAUAGCGGAAACGGUGGAAGAACAAAAAAAAGGAGAGCGAGUCAGAGGAUAGAGAUAAAAGUAGCCUCUAACUCCUCCUCAGCUCUCAGUUUAUUACUCCUCAAUUCCUUGUCUCUUUUUGGCUGCCUCUUCUCGAUUCCAGCUCUCUGCCGUCGUUUGGUAUUUAGUCUGUGAAGUUUACAAGGAUCUUCCACCUGUGAUCGGUCUACAUCCGUCCAAUUUCUCUGCUCUCUGCCAAGAAUCGGCGAUUGAUUAUGUGAAUUUUGUACUCGCUUAGCGUUAUAAGCUGAUUUCGAGCGGGAUUAGCUUCGGAAUUGAGGUGACUAGGGACGAGAAGUUUGUCCAGGAAGCUAGAAUCGUGAGUAUGUUGGAUCUUAAUCUGAAUGUGAAAUCGGCCGAGUCGACUCACUACUCCGACUCGGCCUCUUUCAUGGAGGAGGACAAGUAUCAGUGCCAUCGCCUGCUCCCGGAGGCAUCGGGGACGUCUAGCUCGUCGGUAGUCAACGCCGACGCGUCGAGCAACGAGGACUCGUGCUCCACGCGCGCGCACACCGGCGACGCUGCGAAUAACAAGAACGUCCUCAGCGGCGGCACCAACACCGUCGCCUGCCCCUUCAACUUCGACAUACUGAAAGUUGGUGGCGGUGGCGGAAAUGAGGAUGGCGAAGACGACGUCGUUGUCACCAAGGACUUCUUCCCGUUGAGCUGCGGGAAGCAAAACUCUCCGGUGGCGUACGGGUGUCCGGUAGGUGGGAAUCCGCCGGGGAAUUGGAUUGAUCUGACUGUCGAGAGGCAGCAGGAGAUCCCCAGUGGCGGUGGUAGUGGGGGACCGGUGCGCGUAAUUCCACAAGCCUCACAGCAGGUGAAAAAGAGCCGGAGGGGUCCCCGGUCUCGGAGCUCGCAGUACAGAGGAGUUACUUUUUACAGGCGGACUGGGAGAUGGGAAUCUCACAUCUGGGACUGCGGGAAACAGGUUUAUUUGGGUGGAUUUGACACUGCUCAUGCUGCUGCAAGGGCCUAUGAUCGAGCUGCAAUUAAGUUCAGGGGAGUUGAUGCUGAUAUCAACUUUAGUCUUGCCGACUAUGAUGAAGACAUGAAUCAGAUGAAGAAUCUGACCAAGGAAGAAUUUGUGCACAUAUUGCGUCGACAAAGCACUGGUUUCUCCCGUGGGAGUUCAAAAUUUCGAGGAGUGACAUUGCACAAAUGUGGCCGGUGGGAAGCUAGAAUGGGGCAGUUCCUCGGCAAAAAGUGAGAACUGUUCUCCGUAAUUUCUCUGUGGUUUGUAUGUUUCGAAAUGCUAGAUUAUGCUCGUUGAGUGAGUGCCUCAAUGUGAUCAAACAAAUCUUAGAAGCAUAUUUGCGCAAACAAAUUAUUGCUCUCAUGUUUUGUUUGGGGAAAAUAUUUCUAAAGAUGUAUAUUUCAAAGAUGAAAUAAUUGGGCUACGGUGUUUUCACCUGGGAGAUUACAAUGCUUGCGUGCAGGUAUAUAUAUCUUGGGCUGUUCGACAGUGAGGUAGAAGCUGCAAGGGCUUAUGACAAGGCAGCCAUCAAGUGUAAUGGAAGGGAGGCUGUGACCAACUUUGAGCCCUGUACAUAUGACGGGGAGAUGCUUUCUGAGACUAGGACUGAAGGAACUGGCCACAACCUUGACCUUAACUUGGGAAUAUCCCCUCCUUUUGCCUGCGCUUCCAAGGAAAAUGCAGGCCACCUGCCAUUUCACUCAGGACCUCCAGAUACUCGUGAUAAGAGUUCACAGGUAGAGAACCCAAUGGGUAAAAUGGCUGGUGAUCCUCGUUUCAAAGGCUUUGUGAGGACAUCAGAUCACUCAAUACCCUUGAACAGUGCAUAUACCACUUUCUUCCCUACCGAGGAAAGAGCCACCACGGAGAAGAUGAUAGAACAACACUUACAACAACAAGCUUCUUCUCAUGGGCUCCCCCGCAGCUGGGCGUGGCAAAUGCAUGGGCAACAGGUCACAGCAGCAACUACUACUGCCCCAAUGGCAUUGUUCUCUACGACAACUGCAGCAUCAUCAGGAUUCUCAACUUCAGCUACUCUUCUCCACCGUCCUCCGCCUCGUUCCACCAAUCCCUCGACACCUUUCCACCACAACAUGGCGGCGGCAGCAGCAGCAGCAGGCCACGGCUUUGGUUUCGUACCAUCUCCCACGGCCAUGGCUGCCAAUGGCUCUCAGUUCUACUACUCAAUGAAGCCUCCCCAGGCUCCCACCAUAUAAAACCAACCACACCAGACUCUUCUUCUUCUUCGGCAAGCAAAGAAGAAAAGGCGAAAUGUUCUGUAUUAAUGCAAUACAGUUUUCAGACUAAGCAUUUGAUACGAGUAUUCUUAGAGCGCUCCUACGACACUUCCAAUGGCUUGGAGCCUAGACUCUUAUUGCUCUUGUGGCUUACCAGGUCACCUCAAAACUGUGGCUUAGCUUUUGGAGUUGAUAUUUGAAUGUAAACUGAGCAUAUAUUUGAACGUAAACCCGUCUACAUUUCGUAUGUUUAUGCACCGAUUGAUGAUAAUUUAUUUGUGAAUGUUGGU